UGGGGCUCCACUGCCGUUGAACUCCCGAGAAGCCCCGCCUCUCUAUGGGUCUCCUGCCCGCGGCCGCCAUGUUUGCUCCGGGCGGAAGUCCAGCGAGAGGAGGCGGCCUCUGUUUCCUAGAGAGGCGGGCGGGCGGGCGACGCUUUCCCUGUGAGCUCACUUCCGGAGGAGGAAGGGGACGGUGAGGGAGCGAGCGAGCGAGCGAGCGCGGGAAGAAGCCUGAGGAAAAAGUCUGAGGCGGCGGUAACCUCUGAAUGUACCUUCUGAAGAACACUUUGCCCCUUUUUAGGACUGAAAUGAAAGUACACAGCACUGACAAGAACAAGAAAUAAGUUGGAGAAAUUAUAUUUCAACUACAUGCCUGUGUAUUCAAGGAGGAAAGGAAUGAUUGUGCUGUAAGAAGAGGGGCUUGGUAAAGAGGAAAGAAGACUACAGCAAUCAAUACAAAGACUCAAAAGAGGAAAUCUUAUCCUGUUCUGGAGUACAUAAUUGUCAACUUCUGGCAUAAUAUUUGAAUCAUAAAUAUAAAAGAAUGGAAAAUCUUGAUUCCUUGUCAAAAUCACACACAGGGGUGAAGCUACAUAAUUGUAUGGACUGUGGGAAAUGUUUCAUUGGGAGGAGCUCCCUUAAUAAACAUCAACAAACUCACACUGGGAAGAAGCCACAUAAAUGCAUGGAAUGUGGAAAGAGCUUCACUCAGAGUGCACAUCUGAAUAUCCAUCCAAGGACCCACACAGGGGAGAAGCCACAUAAAUGCAUGGAAUGUGGAAAAAACUUCAGUGAGAGUGGAAGUCUGCGUAUCCAUCAAAGGACCCACACAGGAGAGAAGCCAUAUAAAUGCAUGGAAUGUGGAAAGAGUUUCAGUAGGAGUGCACAUCUGAAUAUCCAUCAAAGGACCCACACAGGGGAGAAGCCACAUAAAUGUGUGGAAUGUGGAAAGAGCUUCAGUGAGAGUGGAAAGCUGCGUAUCCAUCAAAGGACCCACACAGGGGACAAGCCACAUAAAUGCAUGGACUGUGGAAAGAGCUUCAGUGAUGGUGUGAAUCUCCGUACCCAUCAAAGGACCCACACAGGGGAGAAGCCACAUAACUGCAUGGAAUGUGGAAAGAGCUUCAGGCAAAGUUCGACUCUGCGUAUCCAUCAAAGGACCCACACAGGGGAGAAGCCACAUAAAUGCAUGGAAUGUGGAAAGAGCUUCAGGCACAGUUCGACUCUGCGUUCCCAUCAAAGGACCCACACUGGGGAGAAGCCACAUAAAUGUAUGGAAUGUGGAAAGAGCUUUAGUCACAGUUCGACUCUGCGUUCCCAUCAAAGGACCCACACUGGGGAGAAGCCACAUAAAUGCAUGGAAUGUGGAAAAAGCUUCAGUGAGAGUGGAAGUCUGCGUAUCCAUCAAAGGAUACACACAGGGGAGAAGCCACAUAAAUGUAAAUCAUGUGGAAAGAGCUUCAGUCGGAGUGGACAACUGCGUCUCCAUCACAGGACGCACAUAUAACUGAAUGGAAUGUGGAAAAAGCUUCAGUCAGAGUGCACAUCUACAUAAGCCACAUAAAUGCAUGGACUGUGGAAAGAGCUGCACACAAGGUUUAGCAUGCAUUACACAUCAAAGAACUCACACACAGCUAGGGGACCCCUGCCUGUAUGUUUCCUAGUAGAAUUUCCCCACUCAAAGGUGCCAGUCAGAAAAAAAUGAGAAUGGGCAGACAGAUGAAGUCCACCACCUUGGUCUGCAUCUAUCGUGUACAGCACUUUCUGUGGUCUGGCUUGACUGAUCCUGGGGCAGGUCUCUCACAGAGGAGGAUUUUUCUCAGUAUUGCAGCCAGCUUGGAAGGGGUUAACAUGACCUUUUCCUGAAAAAAAAAAAAAGCAGCGCAGGCUUUUGGGAUGAUUUGUGAAAUGAGCAGCAGCUGAGAUCUCAUGAGAAAAGGGUUCUGGAAAAGAAUAUCUCUUUUGUAACAUAUAACGUCAUGCAUCUUGCCCUGGAUCUUGGCUCUGCUGCCCCUCGGAUAGAAUUCUGGACUCUGGCCUUGUUCCUAUAAUCCUGUUCUGGACUCUAUUGUACCCUGAAUUGUUUACUUUAAAUUCUGGACUGACUUCUUGGCUUGAUUGAUGGACUUGGUCUUAUUUAUUUAUUUAUUUCCGGUAUUUCUACCCCGCCCUUCUCCCCAGGGGGACUCAGGGUGGCUUACAAAUUGGCAACACAGUGCCAUCACAUCAACAAUACAAAAGGCAUUAAAAACUAAAAACAUUUAAAACAUCAUAAAAACCAAUAUACAAUAAUAAAACAUUACCAUGCACCGAGGUAAUGUCCUUUUCGUUCACUAGACCUUGUUAAUCCAGAAUCUUAAAAACCGACCGUGUCAAGCUCGAAAGUUCAUUCAUUGAACGCUUGCGCACAUAGCCAUGUCUUUAGUUUUUUUUCCUGAACCCUAGAAGGGAAGGAGCCUGCCGGAUGUCACUGGGGAGGGAGUUCCACAGCCGAGGAGCCACCACCGAGAAGGCCCCGUCUCUCGUCCCCACCAGCCGCGCUUGCGAGGCAGCUGGGAUGGAGAGCAGGGCCUCCCCAGAUGAUCUUAAAGUUCUUAUGGGCUCAUAGGAGGACUUCAGUUUGUAUACCUGCCUCUCUGGCUUGACUUUUGAAUUCUGACUUCGGUUUGUACUCUUGCAUUCUUGGUUGUUUCUUUGUUGUUGUUGUUGUUAUUUUAUGAACUGUGGUGACUGCAUUCCUGACAUCUGAUUAUUGGACUGCUCCUUGGCAAAUAUUUGUUUUAUUUGUAAAUUACGUGGUCAUACUUUUAAUUGCAUGCCGCUUUGGGUCUCCUUCGGGAGAGAUAAAGCGGGGUCUAUGUAAACAUAAUAAUAGUAAUGCCUGCAUAGAGUAAACCCCCUGUAGUAAUUGAGACUGUUCAGUCAUUACCAUUAGCAAAGGGUCCUUUAGGAUACAUAGCAUCUCUCCCAAAUUGCACGGAUGAAGAUGCUUGAAUCUGUUGAAAUAGGCAAAUCUUCUAAGUUGAUGAAAUAUUUCUCUAACUACAAACAAGAUUGGGACCUACUAAUUUAUUAGCUAUAAUAAUGAGGGGGCAUUUGUUUAUUGUGGGUUUUAGGAAUUAGUUUCAUAUAAUUAGAAAUGGAAGAGUAAAUAUAGAACAGCAUUUAAAGUGAGUAAAUAGAGAUACAAAUCAGCAUGCAGUGAGAGUUUUGUAGUUUCAUUUUUCUAUUAGUUUUGUUCUUAUUAUGUAGGUAUUUGUCCUUGAGUUUUUAAUGUUUGUUUUUUAAUGUUUUUUAUCUUUGGCAUUUUUUUAAAUGCCAAAAUUGUAAUUUGUAUAAAAAUUAUUGGAACAGUCUAUUAAGAGGACAGAAAUGGGGGAAGUUAGUAAGAAUUUAAAAGCCGGAAAGCUCCAGGUAUGGAUGGACUGGGAAAAGAAUAUCAUAAAAGUCUUAGAGAAAUAUUGCCUCCAAAAUUAUUAGAAUUGCAUAUUGGAAUAAUGAAAGCAGAGAAAAUACCAGAAUCCUGGAGAAAGUAAUUAAUAAUAUUAAUAUGAAAGCCUGAUAAAGAUUUAACAGACGCAGGGUCGUACAGGCCCGUAUCAUUAGUUAAUCAGGAUGCAAAGGUAUUAUCAGCUGUAAUAGCCAAUAGAAUGAAUAAAUGCAUGUACAAAUAUAUAUAAAAAGAUCAAUGUGGCUUUGUAAAAGGAAGACAAAUGUGACAUUUGAUAGGGAGAGUAUUAAACAAAAUAUGUAUGUCUCGAGAGAGGAAGUUAAAAGUGGGGAUACUAGCAUGAGAUAUAUUUAAAGCUUUUGAUUGUGUGGAAUGGCAGAUAUUAAGCAAGAUUAUGAAUAAAUUUGGAAUGGGAAGUGGAAUAAAAGGAUGAUUAGAACAAUAUUAUUCAAACAGUUCAGCAGUAGUAGCAAUUAACAACGAGGUGACAAAAGAAAUAAUAGUCACAAGGGGAACAAAACAUGGGUGCCCUCUUUCGCCAAUUCUGUUUUCUAUGGUGGUAGAAUUUUCUAUGGUAAAUAAGAAUUUAGAAGGUGUAGGAAUAAAGGAAAAGCAGAACGAGAACUUAUUUGCUGAUGACACGUUAUUUAUUUAAAAUAUGGUAGGUAAACUGGAUAGAAUAAA